CACUGAUUGGAACUGGGCAGUGCGAGAAGGUGGCACUCAAGAACAGCAAACGGUUUUGCUGCACACAGCACACUGCAAACCAUUGGCAUUGGCUUUCAUUGAAAAUUCUACAUUGUGCUGCAGCCUGCGCAUGCUCCCAUUGAAUCUGCACUCUACCAUAUUGCGAUCUUCAGAAGUCGAUCAGUGCACCUCAGAGAAUUUCAGCAGGAAUCAGUAUCACAAUGGCUCUCUCUGCGGCAGCUGUCACUUCGGUGGGGUUGGUCCACGCCGCCUUGGCUACCAGCAGCGUUGCUCACAGGACAGCAGCGCCAGCUGCACCGAGCUGCGCGGGCCUUGCUGGCUCCGCAUCUGCUCGUUUCUUGAACAGGAAGGCCACAUUGGGAUUCAGGAGCAUUGUCAGGAAACAGAUUGGUGAAGGCAGGUCGGCUGGUGUUGUCUGCGAAGCAGGGGAUGUGGUUGGAGGACAGUCCUUCUUGAUUGGUGGAGCGAUCUUGGUGGGGCUAAUUGGCACUGCAUAUCCCCUCCUGUUCGCAAAGAAGGGGGACACAUGCCCCACAUGUGGCGGUGCUGGAUUUGUCCGCAAGUCAGGUGGCCGCUUGGCUGCUAAUGCUGCAAGGAAGGACCAGCAGGAGAUUGUAUGCCAGACUUGCAAGGGUCUUGGCAAAGUUGGUGUGAUCAGCAAGAACUAGAAGGGCAUCCAGGCAAGAGCGGCGGCGCAUGUCACGCUUCCCUCUAGAAACUGGGCACGCUUCUAAACGUGAUGAGGUAGGUUGAGCAGUGUUUGUGCAUAGUGUUAUAUCUUGCAUACAUGGGUGCCAUGUGCGUUGACCGCGCGUUAACCUUCGGUGGAAGAUCAUGUACAAUUAUAGAUUAGCGACAAGUAGAUGCAUCUGACUUGAGAGAUUUGUAAAGUGCCGCGCUUUUGAUAGCGGCCAGUAAUCUGGAAGAGACACGAGCUGAGAUUUGGACUGAAUUUCAUUGAGCACCUUCCUGCAACAUUGCCUCGAGUUCGCUUGAAUUGUGAAUUCAAAUAUGUGUUGACAUUUAAUCUUAAAAACUUUUCAGACUUAACUGGGUGCGGGCGUGUCUUUAUAUUGAUG